AUGUUAACAAUUCCGUUGUUGUUGAUUUGCGUUGCUCUUUGUUUUCCGCCUUCGGAAUCAUCCAUAGAUAAUUCCAAAGCGAAUAUUCAACCUCAAGUUACACUUAGAACAUGGGAACAAGCUAUUGCUAUGGCAAAAUCAUUUAUUGCUCAAUUGACAUUACAAGAAAAAUGCCAUUUAACAGCAGGUGUUGGCGGGACAUGUGCUGGUAAUAUUGCAUCGUUGCCACGUGUCAAUUUUAGUGGCUUCUGCCUUCUAGAUACACCAUCAGGUGUAGGUGAUGGUGUUUUAUAUUCAACUGCAUUUGUAAGUGGUAUUCAUAUUGCAGCGACAUGGGAUCGAGAUUUGUUUUAUCGACGUGCUGUUGCAAUUGGAAAAGAAUUUCGUGGCAAAGGCAUUCAUUAUGGAUUUGGUCCUAUGAUAAAUAUGGAUCGAAAUGCUCGACAUGGUCGUAAUUGGGAAGGAUUUGGUUCUGAUCCAUAUCUUUCAGGUGAAAAUGCAUUUUUCUAUACACAAGGUGUUCAAGAUCAAGGGGUUGUUGCAACACCUAAACAUUAUAUAUGUAAUGAACAGGACACGCAUCGUAGUGGUGACAAUGAUGACGUAGUUUACUCAGCCAAUCUCGAUGAUAAAACCAUGCAUGAAAUUUAUCUUUGGCCAUUUGCAUCAAGUGUUGCUGCUGGUGCAGGUUCUAUCAUGUGUUCAGCCAAUGAAAUUAAUGAUACACGAGCUUGUCAAAAUAAUAAAACACAAAAUGGUUUGUUGAAAGGAGAAUUAGGAUAUAUGGGUAAUAUAUUGACAGAUUGGAUGGGAGCAAAAUCAACAGUUGAUCCAGUUUUAUCAGGAUUAGAUAUUGAUAUGCCAGGUAAUGAUGGAUAUUUUGGUGAUACUUUAGUUUCAUUUGUUCAGAAUGGAAGUAUUCCUGAAUCGAGAAUUGAUGAUAUGGCUAUACGUAUUAUUGCGCCUUACUAUCUUGUUGGACAAGAUCAAAAUUAUCCAACAGUUGAUCUCGAUCGUAAUGUCAUGGGAAAUAAUUAUAUAAUUAAUCGAGAAGCCAGUCGUGCUGGUAUGAUCUUACUAAAGAAUGUUAACAAUGUAUUACCAUUCAAUUCUUCUAUCGACACAAACAUUUAUAUCUAUGGACAAGCAGCUGGUCAAACAACUUGUGGUCUAGAACAAACAGCUUGGAAUGCAAAUUGUGGAGGUGCUUUAUAUCAAGGUGGUGGGUCAGGUUUCGUUCGACCAGCCUAUGCUAUAGAUCCUCUCACUGCAUUGAUGCAAAAAGGUCGAGAUGAUCAUCUUCAAAUUCGAUAUAUUACAAAUCAAAAUGAUUUUGCUUCCAUUAAUCGUACAUUCAACGAUCGUGGUUUUCAAAAUGCUAAAUGUCUUGUAUUUAUUAGUGCUUGGUCAGAAGAAGGAGUCGAUCGAACCGAUCUAUAUGCUUUUGAUAAUGGUGAACAACUUGUUUUGACUGUUGCUCAAAAUUGUCGUCAAACUAUUGUUCUUGUUAAUAGUGUUUCACAACUAAAUCUUGAACGAUGGAUCGAUCAUCCAAACGUUGUUGCUGUGCUCUGGACAGGCACUCCUGGACCCGAAUAUGGCUCUGCUCUUGUCGAUGUUCUCUUUGGUAGUUAUAAUCCGGGCGGAAAACUUGUGUUUUCGUUAGCCAAAAAUGAUUCCGAUUUUGGAACUGAUAUUAGUCCAAUGGGUGAUUCAAAUUAUACAGAAGGUGUCUUCUUAGAUUAUCGUCAUUUUGAUAAAUACAAUAUCACAGCAAGAUAUUCUUUUGGGUUUGGUCUCUCAUAUACUACUUUCUCGUUUGCUAAACUGGACAUUUCACAAGCCAAUGAUGAUGAUGAUAAAAACUCUCCGGCAUCACUAUAUAAACAACGUCGAAUGAGACCUUAUAAUAAUUUUGGUCAUUCAGGAUUGUAUGAUCCUGUUUAUACAGUUACAUUUACUAUUCAAAAUACUGGCAAAUAUUAUGGCUCAGAAAUAGCACAAUUAUAUCUUGGAUUUCCAUCAGAAGCACAAGAACCACUAAAAAUACUACGAGGAUUUGAACGAAUCUAUUUAGAACCCAAUGAAUUAAAAGAAGUUGCAUUAGUAUUAUCAAGAAAAGAUAUUUCAUACUGGAAUGUCAUCAAUCAACAAUGGACUGUGGCUUCAGGUUCAUAUACUGUCUGGAUAUCAACAUCGGCCAAUAAUGCUGAUAUCAAACUUCAAAGUUCUUUUAAUGCCUAA